AAUAAAGCAAAGGUUAGGUUCUGCGCGUCUGCGCUUGAGAUGUGUGUGUUUCCAUCCGCGGUUAUGGUGGAGAUUUGUUUUUAAUCGUUUAUUUUGUUAUAAAGAAUGCGAGUUUCAUUAUGUAGGUCUUGAUUAUCGAUUUUAACGUGUUAUGCGUAAAAAAUUCGUCUUAAUACGGUUUAAUUAUGUUGAAGAAUGAUAUAUCACGCAAGGUCAUAUACAUGAAAAUGGCUAUCAACAUAAUGCCAAUUUUAUGAAAAAAGUACUAGUUUAAACCCUGUUGCACAACUAUCUUCAUCAAGAUGCCAGGCUGUGCUGCAAUUGGUUGUAACAACCGAAGUGAAAAGGGUUACACAAUGAAGUGUUUCCCUCGGGAUCCAGUUUUAAGAAAAAUUUGGAAACAAAGAGUCGGGCGAGCAGAUUGGGAGCCAUCAAAUAACUCCUUUCUCUGCCAUGUACACUUUGAAUCAAAUCAAUGGGUAGUCACACCAAGUGGAAAAAUUAAAUUAAAAAAGGGGGCUCUGCCAUCAAUAUUUACAGUAACUUCUACAAGAAAGUCUCCUAAAAAGAGACAAAAACUAGGAGUACCACCUGUGGAAGUAGAAGAAGACGAAGAUUUGGAAGAAUAUGAAGUGGAGUAUUUAGAAAAUGAUGGCCCUUUUAUUUUUAACACAAGCAAUCAAAAAAUUGUGCCAAAUAUUAUAAAUGUACAAACUCAGAAUGCUGCAAUGAGUGGACAGAUUUUGCAAAAUGUCAAAUUCAUAAGCAAUGAAAGUUUAAAAAAUUUGCAAAAUGAAAAAUUUAUCAUAGUAGCUGAUGAGAACAAUAGAGAAAUUGGAAAAAUAAUAAGUGAUAGUGCUUUGCUACUUUUUGGAAACGAAAGGGGAAAAGAAAAUGUUCAUACUUUGACAAAACUUGAUAGACCAACACCAGCUGAAGUAAAGAUAGAGGUAAAGGAAGAAACACCAGACAAUGGUUUAAGUUCACAUGAUUAUGAUGAGAUCGAAAGAAAAUUAAAAGAAAUAUGCCAUUCUGAGAAUGAGAAUGAAACAGACAAUUCAAAUUCUAUCAAGAAUCCUAAAAAGAUCAGUGACCAGUCUAUAGAAAUUGAAAGUACUUUUAGUUUAGAAGAUUUAGAAAAUGGAUCAGACAGUGUAAGAGAGAACUCAAGUCAGGAUAUUGACUCUGAUGCAUCAUCUGUAAGGACUGGAAUAAAACGUAAAAGAAAAAUCAAACCAGAAUCUCGCGAUCAAAAGCUUAACAUAAUAGAAACUAGUCAAUCUACCAGUAAAUCUAAUGAAUCCCAAUUUACAGAAGAUGUUACAGAUAUUAUUCAUGAUUUGGAAACAGAAAGUUUAACAGACAGUAAUUCCCAACAGUUAAAGCAUGUAUCUCCUGUUCCAAAGAUUAAAAAUACUUUGACAAAUGGUGCAUCAAAACCUAUAAUAAAAAAUGAUAUUCAAUUGAAAAAUGAUAUUGUGAAUAGACCUGCACAAAUAAAGAAAAACAACAUUGUUAAUGUAAAAAAUGUUAAACCAAACAACGAACUAAUGGCCAAAUUAGAUAUACAAGGAGAAGUUAUUGAAAAAUUGAGUAAUGAAUUGAUCAUGUAUAAAGACAUGGAACGCAAAAUGCAAAGCUUGACUCAAGAAUUACAAAAUAAAAACAAAGAAAUAGAAAUACUUAUGCGCAAACAAAUGGUCAAGAAACCACAAGUAGAUAAGAAAGUUUCUAAAGCUGAAAGUGCAGAUUUAAAAGAUGCAAGUGAAGCAGAUUUAAAACAGAGAAUUGAUUUUCUUGAAGAUAAUAAUAAAAAACUUAUGAAAACUGUAACUCUUGAAGGUCAAAAUCGUAGAAAAUUAGAAUGCCAAGUGAAAAGUCGAGAUAAUCAAAUAAAAGAAUUGAAUUGGAAACUCGAAAAAGCUUCCAAGUUUUUAGAUCGAGCUGAAAAGAAUGCCAAUAAUUACAGAAAGAAGAUGCUAAAUAUGCAAGCACUUCUGAGGCGGAGAAAACUUCAAAAUGAAAAAAGCAGUAUUUUCGACGAAUUUCUUGUUUGUCACUCUGAUCAAAAUUUUUCAGAGAGUGCUUUGGAAAUUGCUUUAGAAAUAGAAAAAGCCUGUGGUCCAGAAGGCUACCAAAAGUUGUUGCAUUAUGAAUUUCCUGUACCAACUUUAAAGAAUUUAAGUAAAAAAUAUCCCACAGAAAUUGACUUCAAUGAUCCAGAUGAAGAAGUAAUUUUUGAAACCAAGGAACCAGAACAACAUACAAAUGAUAUUUCGGCAGCUGAAAUCAAGAUGGAAAAUGUUGAAUAUUUGGAUCCAGAUUUUCUGGCAGAACUUGAUGAAACAGUGACAGGAACAGUGCAGGACAUUUUUGAAGAAAGUAGUGAUAGCGAUGACUUAAACUUGACUGAGUUGCAGAAGCAUAUUAUGAUUGAUUUUAGUUAAAAUUCUAAGAGUGCUCGAAGGAACUAAAGCGACAUUGUUUUUUACUGAACUACACAUAAAGGUUUGGAGAAAAACAAAAUUAUCAAAAAUUGUCUAAGUUUGAGUAGAAUUUUCAGUAUUUAGCUGCAAAAUUAUAAAUAAAAAUAUUUUUAAAGUUUCAAAUGUAUAAAAGUAAUGUUGAGAUUGAUAGCUAAUGCAUAUUCUUGCAUUAAUUUGUAAAAUUUCAAAAAAUCAAAUUAAUUUUGGAAUUGAAUACUGAAAUGGUACUCAAUGAUGUAGAUGAUAUUUAUUUUUAUUUAAAAUUAAUUGAAAUGAAAAAUAAAUUGUACAGUAAGUUUAACAUCUUGGUAAAUACCAAAGAGUUUGGUAAGACAUUGCAAAGAACAUGUACAGAAGCGCACUGUUAUACAAUAAUAUUAUAUAUACUUUAGUUAUAUAAGUUAAGUUAUAUAUCUCAAUUUUUCUAUUUUAAAAAAAUGUUAGAGCAAUUAAGUAGAAGAUCAGAGAGAUCUAAAUGCAUACAAGUAAUUUUGAGCCCAAAUGGAUUGUAACAACGUUCGAUCUUUUAGAAUUUUUUGAAGAUUUUUAUAGUGUAUACAUCGUUCUAUUUCAUUCGUUUGUACAUAUAGAUUAAUAUCGACGUCUAAAUAUCGUAACUUUUGAAUUUAUCUUAAGUAUUUAAAAUUAAUUUAAAAAUCACUCAUGUUUGUACAAAUUCAUGCGCUUAGUUGUAUUUAUUGUACAAUCCACAGGUAACAUUUUUAUAAGAUUGCGCUUGAAGAAUCUGCAUGUCAACAGUUCUAAAACGUUGAGCCGAGAUAUUUUUUUACACCCUCUAAAUAAUUUACGCAGCCCUUUCGGUCAGCGAAAGAUCGCACUUUAUGUUAUACCAGAAAAGUUCAUCCACUUUUAUUUCAUAAGCUUCGAGCGAACGUUUGUACAUAUAAAUUUAAGUGUAAAUAUACAAAAAGUUUAUUAAAAAAUAA